UUAUAUAAAUAUUUAGUUACGUUACGUUAUUAAAUCAUUACGUUAUUUCACGGAAAAUGCAACCCUGACUUUUUAACUGCAGGUGAGCAUUUAUCAGAUGUUCAAUCAGCUGUGCGUUACUAUACGUAGCAAGUGAAAAGCAACAAAGCAUUUUUCAGCUUUUAUAAACAAUUUUGGAUAAAUUCAAAAUUUCUGGGAUUUUUAUUUAAAAAACUCGUAAUAACAAGAAAUAAAGUGAAAGUUUUAUUGUGCCGAAAAGAUUUUUUGUUGGUUUUCUUUAUCAAAAUGACCUCACGCAAACGUAGUGGUAGCGGCUCUUCCAAGCGACCAAAAGAAAAAGUUGUUUAUAUUUAUGAAUUAUUUUUUCGUGGUGAAGAUCCCACAAUUGAUAGUCCGGAAUUUUGGAACGAAUUUUUCUUAUUGCAACCAAAUGUAGAAUCGCUUGAAGCAGAAGUAUCAAAACUUACAAACGAGGUGUUUCCGGUAGUCAGAGAUAAUCUGAAUUUAUUGUUCCAAAAAUGCAUUGAAAUGUUAGAAACCGAUCAUCCCAAACGCCUGUGCAACAGUUUGCAAACACUUUGCUCACUCUUCUACGCAAUAUUCAAAAAGUCAACAGCAGACACAGCAUUUGAUAUACUUAAUGAGAUUUUUGGUUACGAAAAAAUGGACAAGUGGAUGAAGGAGCUAAUGAAUCAUUGUGAAGAAGGUGGUGAAAAUAUAGAUCGAAAUUGUAAAACUGGAGUUUAA